CUGGUUGGCUGCCAUCGUUGUGCGCCUUUGUUUUUGUGCUCGUCACUGCCGCCCCUCACUCCUUCUCUCCACACCUUUAGCUCCCGAAAAUGUCAAUAGCACCUUCUCUUCCUCGUCUUCACUCUCCAUUUCUCUCUUCCCCUCUCAAUCUCUCUUCUUCUGCUUUCUCUUCGUCCCUCUCCUUCAAGUCCUCCAGAUAUCAACGUUCCACACCGUCUUAUCUCGUCAUCAGGGCUGUUGAUUUAGAUCAAAACACGGUGGUGGCAAUAUCGGUCGGCUUAGCGAGCGUUGCGAUUGGAAUUGGGAUUCCAGUCUUCUAUGAAACUCAAAUAGACAAUGCCGCUAAGCGAGAAAACACGCAGCCCUGCUUCCCUUGCAAUGGUUCCGGUGCUCAGAAAUGCAGAUUUUGCAUGGGGACCGGCAGUGUAAGUGUGGAGCUUGGUGGAGAUGAAAAGGAGGUUUCUCAAUGUAUUAAUUGUGACGGAGCUGGUUCUUUGACAUGCACCACUUGCCAAGGCAGUGGGAUUCAACCUCGAUAUCUCGAUCGCAGGGAGUUUAAAGAUGAUGAUUGAAGCUCCAAGAGAAAGUUUGGCAAUGAUCUUGGGAGUUGAUUCAUGAGAAAUCACAUUUUGUAUUCUAUAUCAAAAUUUGGCUAAAUGCUUUUCACUCACAAUCGACUGUCUAUUGAACUUUGGCUGUGUUAGUUGCCAUGCAUGAGUGAGUUUUCAUGCGUUAGUUAUCAUGCA